AUGCCACCAUCCAACUUCUCACCAUCACUCAUCGAUUUAAAUGAUUAUCUUGGUCCAUCUCAACUAUGUAUCAAACCCACUGAAUCGAUCGAACCAAUUAUCAAAGAAGAAGUUCCAUCUGCUGUUACCGAAAUCAGGCUAGAUGAAGUACCUAUCACCCUCUCAGCACCAGAACCACUUCCGCAGAAGAAGGCUGAAAUCAGUUUAACGGACUGUUUAGCUUGUAGUGGAUGUGUUACUAGUUCCGAAUCAGUCCUCGUCGCAUUACAAUCUACAUCACAACUUUAUUCAACCUUGAAAGCAGAUACAACACUUUAUCCCAUCAUCUCAAUCUCGACCCAAUCACUCGCCUCCCUUUCGGCAUAUUAUAAGCUAUCCAUAUCCGCCACAUUCGAAUCUCUCAAGACUUUUUUUAUUGAAAUCAUAGGCUUUCAUUUAGUCUUUGAUUCAAAGUUUUCACAAGCGCUCAGUUUGUAUCAAACGAAACUAGAAUUUGAUCGGAUCCAUCGUCAAAAACAAGCACAAGUCAAACCUAAAACCAUCUUAUCAAGUUCAUGUCCCGGUUGGAUAUGUUAUGCAGAAAAAACUCAAACAGAAGAUAUUUUGAACAUGAUUAGUAAUGUGAAAUCACCACAAGCUAUUCAGGGAUCAAUCAUCAAAUCUACACAAUUUUCCAAAUUGAUCAAUGUUACACCGAAUCAAAUUUAUCAUGUUACUAUUAUGAGUUGUUAUGAUAAAAAACUUGAAGCUAGUCGGCAGGAUUUCAUCAAUUCCGAGAGUGGGGUUAAGGAUGUCGAUUUAGUUUUAACAACGGGAGAAGUACAAAAGAUGUUAGAAGAACACCAUUUUGAUCUUCUUUCUGCAUCAUCAUCUCAACCACAAAUAACACAGACUAGCAACGCACCGAAACUGAGUUCUGAAGUAACAUCACACACUCCCUCGACUUCCAUCAUCCCAACUUGGAUCGAUCGACCCGAAAGCGAAAGAUCAAGUAGCGGAGGUUAUUUGCAAUUCAUCAUUCAAUCUAUUCUCGAUGAACAUAAAUCCGCCGAUGCCACUUUGACCAUCGAGCGCAAACGUGGUAGAGAUUAUUGUGAAUACCUGAUCACGACCACCGACCAAGACACAAAAAAGGUACUAUUCAAAGGAGCUCACUGUUAUGGAUUCAAAAAUUUACAAAACCUAGUACGAAAGUUUAAAGGCCCUACUGAUUAUGUUGAAGUCAUGGCUUGUCCUUCAGGGUGUUUGAAUGGUGGUGGUCAGAUCUCGAAACCUGAUCACUAUGAAACUCGCGACUGGUUGGAUGAACUUGAGUCAAAGUAUUCGACUUCUGGUAUCUCUCCUCCUACUAUGAUCAGCCAAGACGAAGAGAUUGAGGAUUGGUUGAAGAAAUGGUUCCCUGAUCAAAAGGAUCAUCAAAACCUAUUCAAAACACAAUACCGAGUUGUGCCAAUCGAAACAAAUGGGUUUGCGGUUCAGUGGUGAUCUUGUCUUCUUAUGAUUUGCAUUUUCAAUUGUUCCACUUAUUUUUCUCUCAUUAGCUGUGAAUAUCUUUGUGGUAAUUAUUAAGCAAACACGUACUAGAUCUUCUCUCCUUGAUUACUUUUCAUCUUAAACAACUUAUCGCUUACGCCAUAUGUCAUCAAAUGUCAACCAUUUGUGUGUUCAACUUUUUUUGCUCCUAGGUCUCUUGGUAAAUACAACUAUAUACACCAUGAGAUUUUGUAAACUAGUUGAUAUUAGAUGACAAGUGAUCAUCUUCGCAUCUCACCCAAGCGGAUUGUACCAGUGUCCAAUUUUCCAACCAAGAUUUGAUCCUAUUGAAAUCCUUCUCAUUCUUGUAUCUGUUUUGCUUAUGAUAACCAUGUAUGUAUUGUACAAGUGAGCAGUCCUCAUCCGAUGUAGCAAUACAAAUUUGCUGUCCUGC